CCUAAUCCAUUAUGACUAUGUCCUUAUAAAGAAGAGAAGAGACACAGAGACACACAGGGAGAAUGCCAUGUGACAACCUAUGCAGAGGCUGGAGUAACAGGCCAGGCCAGUGGGGAGAACAUGAGGACAAUGGAACCUGGACUGCCAAGCUCCAGCCCCUAAAUCCCUCCCUUCUGGUUCUGGAGGCCCCAGGGUUACUCUCCCACACGCUAACUGCUUUGAAAACCUCAUUCCUCAACUCCACUCCAUCAUGGGUGGCCUGAAGAAGCCUGGACAGGAGGUCCUGGGUGACCUGUGAGAGCACACACCACGGAGCUGGGUGCAAACCUGCAGAGCCAAAACCUGGGGCUCCUGACUUCAAAUUCACCUCUCACCAGUGUUCAAGUUCUCUUUCCAGCGGGAAGUCUGCCCGGCCUCAGAGUUGCAGCCAGCAGAGUGGCUCAGCAUCCAGCAUGAAAACAUUUGGGAGACAUCAAGGUCCAUUUAACCAGCACAAGAGUCCCAGCCUUCUUUGCUGUGUCAAUGUGAGCUUCUCCAAGCCUCAGUUUUACUUAUCCAUGAAGUGGGUGUAUUAAGGUAACGUUAAGUGGCUACAACAAAGAGACCCAUGAUAAAUCAAUGCCUUAAGGAAGAUCAAGUCUCUCUCUUUCUUGUAGCAGUCCACAGAGCACAUCCUGGGCUACUGUUUCACAUGGACAUCCAGGGACCCGGCUCCCUUCACUUUCUUCCUCUCCAUUCCUUAGGACAUUGUCCUCCUUGUCACAGACACAUCACAGGCCUGUCCUUGUUCUGACUCCUGAAAAAGGGAAAGAGAGGGUAAACCAGGAGCCCCACAGUCUGUCAGCCUAAGCCUCUGAUGUAAAGAGUUCACAUCAUUUUUGCUCAGUUUCCUUAGUCACCUGUCUGUUCCCAACUGCAAGUGGAGUUGGAGAUGAAAUCUGGUCAUGCACCUGGUAGAAAUGGAGACCGAUUUUGAGGGACAGCCUUAGGCUGAGCAGUUAUAAUGACACCUCCUUGCAGCUGUGCAAUAGAUACAGCUAGGGUACCUGGCACCUAGUAAGCCCUCAGUAGAAGUGCUCAAUGUUACUGAGCUCAGAGCUCCAAGGGACCUUAGAAACUCUCUGGCUCAACGUCCUUAUUUCUUUACAGCUAAAGAAACAGCCUAGAGAGGAGCGACACUGGGCUGGGUUCCCCAUGGGUAAGGAAAAAAGUUGGUUCAGAAUCCUAUCUGGCCUGCAGACCCCGUCCUCACACCUUUUAUUUCAAAGUACCUGGUCUAAUCCCACUAGGGUCUGGGCAGAGAGCAGGGUCCAGAUGACCUCUCCCCUGGUCUCCCAGGGUUGUGGGACAUCAUUCUAGAGGGACCCUGUGCCCCACAGCAGCGCCCUCGGCUGGGGACCACACAGCUUUAUGACUAAGUAGGUGUGGCCCUGGUUUCCAGGACAGGUGUCCAGACUGCUCUGUGACAAAGGGCCACGCCCGCCCCUAGGAGGGGGAUUGGGCUGCCCCCUGGGGAUGCUGCAGUAGGAGCUGAGGAUGGCGUGCCUGGGCUUCCUCCUCCCCGUGGGCUUCCUCCUGAUCAUCAGCACCAUGGCCCACGGAGAGUACGGUGUGGCCCACGUGGUGUCAGAGAAUUGGAGCAAGGACUACUGUAUCCUGUUCAGCUCCGACUACGUCACCCUCCCCCGGGACCUGCACCACGCCCCACUCCUUCCCCUGUAUGAUGGCACCAAGGCACCCUGGUGCCCAGGCGAGGAUUCUCCCCACCAGGCCCAGCUCAGCUCCCCCAGCCAGCGGCCCCUCCGCCAGACCACCGCCAUGGUCAUGACGGGUAACUGCAGUUUCCACACGAAAGGCUGGCUGGCUCAGGGCCAAGGUGCCCACGGGCUGCUCAUCGUGGGCCGGGUCAGUGACCAACAGUGCUCAGACACCACCCUGGUGCCCCAGGAUCCCCGCCAGCCCCUGGGAGACCUCACCAUCCCUGUGGCUAUGCUCCACUACACUGACAUGCUGGACAUCCUCAGCCACACUCAUGGGGAGGCCAUUGUCCGUGUGGCCAUGUUUGCGCCCCCUGAGCCCAUCAUCGACUACAACAUGCUGGUCAUCUUCAUCCUGGCUGUGGGCACGGUGGCCGCAGGUGGCUACUGGGCCGGCCUGACCGAAGCCAACCGGCUACAGCGACGCCGUGCCCGGAGAGGAGGGGGGCCUGGUGGUCACCGUCAGCCGCGGGAAGCAGCAGCAGCUGAGGGAGCCCAGAAGGAAGAUAAUGAGGACAUCCCAGUGGACUUCACACCGGCCAUGACGGGCGUGGUGGUCACCGCGUCCUGCUCGCUCAUGUUGCUGCUCUAUUUCUUCUACGACCACUUUGUCUAUGUCACCAUCGGGAUCUUUGGCCUGGGUGCUGGCAUUGGCCUCUACAGCUGCCUGUCACCCCUGGUGCGCCGCCUGCCCGUGUGGCAAUACCAGAACCCUCCACACGGCCUCUGGGUCUCUCUGCCGCUGCCCCUGCUGCUGCUGGCAAGCUUGUGCGCAACCGUGAUCAUCUUCUGGGUGGUCUACCGCAACGAGGACCGCUGGGCAUGGCUCCUGCAGGACGCACUGGGCAUUUCCUACUGCCUGUUCGUCCUGCACCGCGUGCGGCUGCCCACUCUCAAGAACUGCUCCUCCUUCCUGCUGGCCCUGCUGGCCUUUGACGUCUUCUUUGUCUUUGUCACCCCCUUCUUCACCAAAACUGGUGAGAGCAUCAUGGCGCAGGUCGCUUCAGGCCCUGCAGAGUCUUCAAGCCACGAGAAGCUGCCCAUGGUGCUCAAAGUGCCCCGGCUAAGAGUCUCCGCCUUGACCCUGUGCAGCCAGCCCUUCUCCAUCCUUGGCUUCGGUGACAUCGUGGUCCCUGGCUUCCUGGUUGCUUACUGUUGCCGCUUUGAUGUGCAAGUCCACUCCCAUCUGGUCUACUUCGUGGCCUGCACCGUGGCCUAUGCCGUGGGCCUGCUGGUCACGUUCAUGGCCAUGGUCCUCAUGCAGAUGGGCCAACCUGCCUUGCUCUACCUAGUGUCCAGCACCCUGCUCACCAGCCUGGCUGUGGCCACCUGCCGCCAAGAGCUCAGCCUCUUCUGGACCGGCCAGGGCAGAGCUAAGAUGCUUGGGCUCUGCUGUGCCCCUUCAGCUGGCUCUAGGCAGAAGCAGGAGGGUGCAGCAGAUGCCCACACAGCCAGCACACUUGAGAGAGGCACCAACCGAGGAGCAGGGGACUUAGACAGCAACCCUGGAGAAGAUACCACUGAGAUUGUCACCAUGUCUGAGAAUGAAGCCACCAAUCCAGAGGACCACAGUGAUAGCUCCGAGGGCUGGCGUGAUGCCCACCUGGAUCCUAAUGAGCUGCCCUUCAUCCCCCCUGGGGCCUCGGAGGAGCUGAUGCCACUGAUGCCAAUGGCCAUGCUGAUCCCACUCAUGCCCCUGAUGCCCCCGCCUUCAGAGCUAGGCCACGUCCAUGCCCAGGCCCAGGCCCACGACACUGGCCUGUCCUGGGCAGGACUCCACAAGAGGAAGGGUUUGAAAGUAAGAAAGAGCAUGUCGACCCAGGCUCCCUUGUGAACUGGAGGCCGUGAGACACACGCCUCUCAAAGGGCUGGUGGAACAUUGCAGAGCAAAGCCAUGCAUGGCAACAAUAAAUCAGGGCAUUAAAGAGAUUUCAUAUCUACCCAA